UCAGAAAUAGAUUUUUAAAUUAUUGUUUUAACAAUCAUUAGUGUAGUCCAAAUCUUCACACCACUACACAGUACACAUAUUUUUACAAGGCGUUUAAGGUUAAAUAGUAAAAACUUAUAACACCUCAAAUACUUUCUAAAUCAUGUUGGAAGUCUGUAUUGAUAGUUUGGAAUCAGCUAUAAAUGCAAUUCACGGUGGAGCUGAUGAGUUGGAAGUCUGCAGUUCAUUACCAGAAGGCGGUUUAACACCAUCCCCAGGACUUGUGAAGGAAAUAUUAAAAAUGAGACCUAAAGUAAAUAUAAUGAUAAGGUGUAGAUCAGGUUCUGAUUUUUGUUAUACAACAGAAGAAAUGGAUACAAUGCUAUCAGAUAUUGAAUAUUAUAAAACUUUAAAUAUAAAUAGAUUUGUCUUUGGUGCAUUAAAAGUAACUUUACAAGUCGAUGAAGAAAAUUGUCAAAAAGUUAUCACUGCAGCAAAUCCUAUACCUGUUACAUUCCAUAGAGCUUUUGAUUUAUGUAUAAAUCCUAGUUUUGCCCUAGAUAGGAUCUCUAAAUUAGGUUUUACUAGAUUACUAACAAGUGGUCAACAAAUGUCUGCUGGUGACCCUAAAGCUAUUAAUCUGUUACAAAAACUUUUAUCUAAAAAUGAAGGUAAAAUAGAAAUAAUGCCAGGAGCUGGUGUAAAUGCAGAUAAUGCAAAAGAUUUUAUCAAUAUUGGUUGUAAAAUUGUCCAUAGUUCUUGUAAACAGUCUAAAAAAAUAAAUAUAGGUAAUAAUUUGUCUAUGGGCACAUCUUCUACUCAAUAUAUUUAUUAUACAGAUGAAAAAAUUGUCAGAAGAACUAAAGAGGUUUUAUUUGAAACUGUAGGUGAAUAUAAAAAGGGAACCUGA